GCGACUUUUUGAUCGGAGUGGGAUGGGGGCCUGGAAGUGCGAAAAGGGGUGUGCCAAGGAUUUUUGGGGAAAGUGGGGAAGUCUCAGGGGUGUGAAUGCAAUUAGGCGAAAAAGGAAGUCUCAAGGCCCGAUGGGGCCGGGGUACUGUGGGCGACGGUUUACGGGGAAGUCCCUCCGCGGAGGAGGCGGUCCCAAAAAGUUGGGCCGUCGGGGGCCGCCACGUGGCGCAGGCCGCUGCGUGUUUGGGUUGGGCCUUCGGAAUUCCGGGGUUCUCCGUUCGCCGCUACGUCGGCAAUUUCCGCAGGGCGUGCUGGGCCAUAGGGGGCUAUGGCCGGCCACGGAACGACGCUAAGUUGAUGAUUCGGGAGAAGAAGGCGAAAAGGAGGGAAACUGGUGGUGAUGAGGACGAAUCCCGGGUGGAUGAACUAGUAGGUAUGGUCGGGGGAAGGGAAAUCAGAGCACCGGGGGUCGCUAGAGGUGGCAGAGUGGAAUUCCCGCGGACACAGUCGAUUCUCCGUGUGACACGGAUAUCGCUAUCAUCUCAUACGAUUCCAGGACAGGAUGGGGAUAAAUUGGUAGCAAUGAGGGACAAGUACGAUCUACCAGACAAUCUCAGAAGGACAAUCGCCUUGAUACAAAGACGGAAACUUCAGGGGUCAUCCAGUGGUACCCCUGUUGUGGAGGCUGUGGUUGGAUCCCCUCUUCAAUAUCGUGGUGAUCUCCUUGUCUCUAGAGAAGACAAGUAUACAGAUUCUUUCCUUCCGUUCAUCUGGCAGCUAGUUAUUUCGCAAGACGAGAACACAGUCUACUAUGUGGAAGUUGCAUUAAAUCAGACAUUUGACAUUCCUACCGUGCAAUCUGCUGUGAAGCAAGUGGCAAUGCCGUCAGGAGGAUCGUCAUCAGGAAGGACAAUUGAAAAGCUGGCUGGUCCAUGGCCUCUUGAUGCAAACCCUUUGUCAACAAACUCCUCAGUUUUGAUGGGCUUGUCACUGGUGGACAACUCAACGUUGCUCGUUGCAGAUGUGAACAAUGAGCUGAUUCGGAAAAUCAACCUCAAUGGCAGACCUGCAGCAAAUUUUACUCGUCUGAAAAGUCCCCAAUAUUUAACAAAGCACCCAACACUUCCCCGGCUAUUUGUUUCAUCCGAUGAUCGCAUUAUGACCGUCCCACUGGACUCUCCAUCCAUCUCUGACAGAAUUGACAUCACAACUCUUGCUGGUUUCAGUGGUCAGAUUACCUCUGGUGAAGGCUAUGUCGAUAACAGCUAUGGUGCAGAGGUCAGGUUCAGUAACCCUAGGCAUGGACCACACUCCAUUGUCGGGAAUGGGAAUAGCUUGUAUGUUGCGGAUUCUGGAAACAAUGUCUUACGUCGCGUGGAUACUCAAACAGGAGGUACAGUCACUAUCGCUGGCACUAGGUCCUCAGAAGGCCUCUCCAGAGAUGGUGAUGCUUCAUCUGCCCAAUUUGACAGUCCUUCGGAUGUUGCUCUGACAUCUGACGGCUGCAAUGCCUUCGUCUCGGAGGGUGGUGGUGCUAUACGCUGGAUGACGCUUGAUCAACCUAAUGGCACUGUAAUUGCAGUGAAGACGGUUGCGACAGGUGCACCCAUGGCAUGGAUGUGCGUCACUUUGACACAUGAUGACAGCUUUUUGGUCGCUGGGGGUGCAACUGGCGGCAUUCACGUGUUUCAACUGAAUAGUUCACGGCUUCACAAAUGUGGUUCUGCAUCACCAUCCUCUGGUUCUCCUGAGCCCCCAAAUCCUCCUCGUGUGCCUUCUCCAAAUUCUGUUUCUCCAUCAUCUGUUCCUCCUGAGGCUUCUCAAAAGGCUCGUACGAAAAGUAGGUCAAGUAGCACUGUCAUUGCUGUCGGUGUUAGUUGUUCGGUUGCCGUUGUGGUAGUUUGCAUUGUUGCAGCAAUUUUCAUGUUGAAGAGGAAUCCUGAACCGAUGCGGCCUCUUGACAGAGAAGGGGGUACUGAGGCAAGUACAACCGGGCGCGUCGUAUCCGUCAAUUCUUAUUCCAGUGGGCAACCGUUCUCAGUGCCCGGAGAGAGUAAACCUUACUUGGAUGUGAUCCGUGAGUUCUCAUUUCAGGAAAUCCAGGCUGUAACUGAAAAUCUCAAUGACAAGUAUUGUGUGCAACAAGGGGGUGCUUUUGGAAAACUUUACAGGGCGUUCUUGAAGAUUGACGGUGAGCGCCAGGAUAUGGCCAUCAAAGUUAUGAAGGGGGAAAUGGACCAUCUGAAGUACAAGCAAUUCUUGGCUGAGGUUCAGAUGUUGAGCAAGGUGCGGCACAGAAACCUUUGCAGACUUGCGGGGUACUUUGUUGAUCAGCACGUGUGCAUUCUUGUGUACCCAUUUAUUGAGGGCGGCAGCCUGCAUGAUCGUCUGCAUGGUACCGGGGAGCCUUUAACCUGCAGAGAGCGACUGUCUGUAGCAGAGCAAGUGGCCACGGGCUUACAUUACCUUCAUCAUGGCCUGGAGGAGCCAAUACUGCAUCGGGAUAUCAAGAGCCACAACCUGCUGGUCAAGGGCAAGGGGGAAGCCCUGCAUGCGUACCUGAUUGACUUUGGGCUUGCAAGACCUGGACCUUCAACGACGGACGAUGGGAAGACCAUUGAAACAACACUAGGUGGGCAGACCGUCCUCACGCUGGUGGUAUGCGGUACACCUGGAUAUAUGGCCCCAGAAUACCAACAUGGCAUGCAGCUAACUGCAAAGAACGAUGUCUACGCGUUUGGUGUGGUAUUGCUGGAGCUGGUUACAGGUCAGAAGGCACAGUGGAGAGGAGAGCAGAAUGAGGUGAUCAAACUCGUGGCAUGGUGUCGGCAGUGGCUAACCUAUUCCAAUCUGACAUAUCAGCAAUUUUCUAGCAUGGUUGAUGCAAAGCUGAUGGGUUCCUUGAGGAAUGAGGAAUGGGAUAUGGUGUACAAGCUGGCAAUGCUCGGCCACAAGUGCACAAGUGAUCUUCUAGCGCACAGACCCGACAUGAAUGGUGUCAUGGAAGAAAUCCGGGGAAUACAAAAAAUAGGUGCUUUGGAUCUGAAGUGGAGGGUUGUGCUAGCACGGUUGGUUAUCAAAGGAACGUUUCCUCUUACUUGUAUUGAAGUGGAGGGUUGUGCUAGGACAGUUGAUGGCUAUCUUGGGGAUGUUGGGAGCAGUUUUGCAUCAGGGGUGGCUACUUGCCAUGGUGAGGAUUUCAAGGAGCGAUGGUGUGGCACGAGCAGAUUCAAGAGGCUCGCUCUCAUUGAGGCUGAGGAACAAUGCCAGCUGGCAGCCGCGGCUGCCAGCCUACAGGCUGAAGAAGCGGCAACAGCAGAGAAGCUGCGGCUACAGGCCGAAGCAGACGCAGAUGCCCAGGCUCGCCACAAGGAAGCCCAGGAUCUGCUGCAGCGGCAUGAGGCCAACAGCAUCGAGAGACUCAAGUUCUGGCACUUUGAACCAAACGGCAACCAGGAACUGCAGCAACAGUACCAGGAUCUGAAGACACAGCACCAGGAGUUGGCGAACCUCCGUCGGAUGGUGCAGAGCCACGAGGAUGCAACACGGGCACUCAAUUCCUGUGUACUGGACCUAGAACAGGCUGUACCAGGACCAGAUGCUGGGGCUUCCAAGAGUGCACCCUCUAGUCGCGAACUGGAGGAACGCGUUGACCACGUAGUGGCAAUGCUGGGCGACAUCAGCAACUUCGCUGUGCCAACCACCAUCAACAGCCAGCUGGACACGUUGAAGACCGAGGUCCAGCAACUGCAGUCGACGAACACGGAUGGCAACAAUCCAAAGCAAUACAAGAUGCCAACCUUCCAACUAGAGAAGUUCGACGACUACACACAUCAGGAUCCGGUCCUUUGGUGGGAAGCUUUCACGACUCAACUGCGGAUUCUGCCUGUCGCCAAGCACGCGUACAUCGGCGCCCUGUUCAUGAACUCAAAGGGCGGAUGCCAGAUCUGGUUGACUCACCUGGCAGCCACCCACAGCGUAGACGUCGCCGAUCUGAAAGACAAGAUCACAUGGGAAGAGUUGACGCGGCUCUGGAAGAAGCGGUUCAUCGUCGACAACGCACCAGCACUAGCCAUCAACCGUCUCUUCACCAUGUCUCAAGGCAACACAACAACUCGUGAUUGGCUCGCGAAAUGGCAUAAGAUCGUGGCAGUGCCCGAUUUGGACUUACCAUUCACGCAUCUACGCCUACCGACUCCGUUGAUGGACGCCGGAGUAGAGGUUGUCGACCUUCACGCCUACAUUGCGAAGAUCGACCGCGAGUUCAAGACGCAACGGUACGACGACAUUGGCGCACUAUUGCUAUAUGUACGCAUUCAGAUCGGAGAGGCGAUCUGCAACGCUUUGAUCGAUUUCGGAGCAUCUCGCAACUACAUGAGUCAGGACUUUAUGCGGACGAUGAACGUGACGUUUCACAACUUCGUCAACAAGACGCGGCUCACUCAAGGGAUGAUUAACUUUUGCGUCAUCGUGUACAUGGAUGACAUCCUCGUCUACUCGGAGACCUAUCACGGGCAUGCACAGCACAUCGAGUGGACGCUGGGAGCUCUAAGAGACGCCGGGUUCAAAAUCGCGUUUGAGAAGAACAAGUUUUUCCUUUUGGAAAUCUCGUUCUUAGGUUACGUGGUGACACGUGGAGGACUGCGGCCACAUUUAAGGAAAGUCGCGGCGGUGAAAGAUGCUCCUGUCUCUACGUCAGUGACGCAGGUUCGAGCUUUCCUGGGACUGGUAUCGUAUUACCCCUGCCUCGAGGAGCCGCGAAGCAACAACAACCCGCCAUCGCAACGGGGAUACCUGAACCCGUGGGAGGUAAUCGACAUCGCCUUCUUCCAGCCUCGAACAGCCUCCGAAGACGAGGAGCUAGCGAUAGAAGAAGAAGAGGAAGAAGAAAAAGGCGCCGAGGAGGACGACAAAGAAGAAGAAACACCUAAGGAAGGCAGUUAUAGCGAACACAGCGAGGGGGAGCAGACUGAGGAAGACGAAGAAGAAGAAGAGGAAGAAGAGGACCUGGAGCUGGAAGAAUCCGAGUGGGAGAUCUCAGCAGAAGAGGCAGAACAUAUGGACGUUCAGGUGGAGGACCCCGAGGCGGCUCGUAAACGAGAAGAGAUUGCGGCAGGAAAGCGACAACUGGAAUUCGCAAGAGGAGCAAAUUUGCCUAUCGCCGACGAUCCAACCAAAGCUCCGGAGCCGCCCAAGCCCGAAGAUGGGGACCCAACUGCCGAGACUUUGAGCGCACUGGCCAGGCGGCGACGAAGCCGAUCCCCCUCCUCCUCCACCGCUGACCAUCCACCAGUUCGAGCCCGUGGGGAGGUCGGAUGGGAGCUCUGGGAUGAAGGCCUUCGGAGAGACGGUGCUGGGUCAUUGGGGGGGCGCAAAAGGAAGGAGCUCUGGGAUGAAGGCCUCCGGUGCGGGAGGGGAAAGCUGGAGCUGGCUGAGGUCGGUGUCGUUGGUGUAGACGAUCUGGUCCCCAAGCUGAGCCAAAAGCUGGAUCAACGUGGCCGUGAGAUCCCGCGCCCAGUUCCGCAGUUGUCGGAGGACACCCGUGUGGGCUCCUUCGUGCAGUGUCGUAAGAUCGCCGGUAAAGGCGAUUAUCACCGAUACAUGGCUGACGCCUGGUGAGACAAGCAUAGAAAAGCCGACGCCUCGACCAACACUCGCGCUCUAUCGCUCACACAUACGAAUUGGAACUCCGCCGCCGCGUGCACCGCCGC